AAGCACUCCCCCCCUGUUAUCCAAGAAGUACACUGUUCCGGCGCCCCAAGGUCGACGGCCGCCUCCGUCCGCCCGCUCGCCGUCGCGACUCCUUCCUCCCCAUGCGGCGUCCUCGGGCGGUUCGAUGACCAUAGCAUGUGGUUUCUCUCGCUUCCUCAACACGCGCGUGCAUUCCUCCACAAAUCGCGUCCUCAGCCUCUGGUUCGCCUCCUGUCCCUGCUCCUCCGCCUCCGCCUCCGCCUUCGCCUCGGAGCCGCCGGAGAUAGCCGCGGGCCCGGAGACCGUCAGGGAAGGGCGGGCGGAGAUAUUCGCGGACAAGUCCAAUUCGGUCUUCUUCAACAAGGCUCAGGUUAACAACAGAGACCUUUCCAUUGCUGUUUUGAGAUGGUUUAUUUCGAAAAGACAGGAAGAGCAUGAUACCCAAUUAAAAGGCAGGCGUGCUGAGAUACCAGCGGAGCAGCAUGCCGAUGGAUUAGACACUGCUACCACAGGUUCUGAAGACACUGCAUUGAGAGAGGAAUCGAGCCUUAAAGCACCUAAAGUUCUUGAGGCUUUGGCUGCAUCAGGAUUAAGAGCUAUCCGAUAUGCACUUGAGGUGGAUGGAAUUGGGGAAGUUAUAGCUCUUGACAAUAAUGAAGUUGCUAUAGAAUCCUGUAAGAGAAAUAUCUAUCACAAUGGCAUUCUUGCAUCUUCGAAGGUGGUGUCACAUCUUGCUGACGCUCGCAUUUACAUGCUCACUCACCCUAAAGAAUUUGAUGUGGUUGAUCUUGAUCCUUAUGGAUCACCAGCUGCAUUCCUUGAUUCAGCAGUUCAAUGUGUUGCAGAUGGUGGUAUCUUGAUGUGCUCAGCUACAGACAUGGCAGUCCUUGCUGGGGGCAAUGCAGAAGUUUGCUUUUCCAAAUAUGGUUCUUAUCCAGUAAGAGGCAAAUACCGCCAUGAGAUGGCCUUGAGGAUUCUUCUUGCCUGCAUCGAGUCACAUGCGAUCCGCCACAAGCGCUAUAUAGUUCCUGUCAUAUCAGUGCACAUGGAUUUCUACAUUAGGGUUUUUGUGCGAAUCUUCACGUCGGCUAGCACGGUGAAAAGCUCACCUCUCAAAUUUUCACAUGUAUAUCAAUGUGUUGGUUGCAAUUCAUUUCACUUACAAAAUGUUGGAAGAAUAAACUCAAAGGAUAAGAGGAAUAUUCCUCUACCAAAUUUUUGCCCUAUUGUGCCUCAAGAGUGUUCGGAAUGUGGCGGUAAAUUUGUUAUGGGGGGGCCUAUAUGGAGUGAUCCAAUACAUGACAGGGAUUGGGCUGCUUCCAUUUUAUCAAAUAUCCGAGCAACUAGUGGUUUAUAUCAAGCUUAUGCAAAAAUUUCAGCUAUACUAACGUCAGUAUCAGAGGAAGGUGUUAAACAUUCCCAGACCAAAAGGUAGCGACAAAUCUUUAUGUAAAUGGCCUGCCUGCAAUGCAUUCUGGAAACCCAUUGGAUGCCCUGUGUUGUGUGUAACAUCCCAGAUAUCUGCCCUACCUGGUGAAAGCUACCACACUAUCUGAUUACCACCGAGUCAUAUGGAUGUUAUCUGUUAUAAUUCUAAAUUGUCUGCCGUGGAUGUCCCUAUAAACACAGGAAGCUUUGCCAAAAUUUGAGUAUUUCCUAGAGUUGGUGGUAAUCAGAUAGUGUGUUAGCAUCGCUAGGUAGGGGAGACAUCUGGGAUGUUACACUGUGCUCAGAAUCUGCAACUUCUUCUCGGGAAUGUCAGAAUCUGCAACUUGCACCAGAACAAUGCCAUUCCUGACAACAAUCUGUCUACAUGAUAUGUAUCUGGUAGGAAAGAACAUCAACCUUCACUCUCAGCAGCUGGCAUCCUUCAUGGAACACUAAC